AUGUGCUGCUCCUCUUGCUGCCAGCCCACCUGCUACAGGACCACAUGCAGGACCACCUGCUGGAGGCCCACCUGCUGUGGGUCCAGCUGUUGUGGGUCCUGCUCCUGCCAGCCUUGCUGUAGCCCUUGCUGUGGGUCCAGCUGCUGCCAGCCUUGCUGCCGCCCUUGCUGUGUGAGCAGCUGCUGCCAGCCUUGCUGCUGUAGCACUCCCUGCUGCCAGCCCAGCUGCUGUGGGUCCAGCUGUGGUGGGUCCUGCUGCUGCUCACCCUGCUGCCAGCAAGUUUGCUGCAGUCCCGUGAAUGUCUGCAGAACCUGCUACCACCCCACCUGCUGCUGCGUGCCUGGGUGCAUCAGCUAUGGCUGUGGAUCCAGCUGCUGCCAACCUUGCUGCUGCUGAUCACCUUGCCAGACAACCACCAUCUGUACACAUAACAUCUGUGAACUGACCUACCAUUAUGGAAACAAAUGGUCUUCCUUGACUUUGCUGGCACCAGCAUGCUGGACCAUAAUUUUUGUGACUCAUCUGUUUGGUUACAAGUUUUGA